AAAUUAUUGGAUAGAAUUAAAAUUACUAGGUCACGUGGCGAGCAAUAACACCGCCGCAAUACUUCUACAAAAACUUAUUUUAAAUUUCUUACAAACGAUAUCGGUUUCAUUUUGGCAUAUUCAUACCAUGCCAACAUUUUGGGUCACACGACUAUGAUCCUAACAUCUCUUACAGAUGCAAUAUUCCUAGCCCCUUCAUUAUGUUUUGCACCAAAAACACUUAGAAAUUUACGGUUCCCCUGCAAAGACGCAGCAAAAAGAAUUGGAGAAAUCAUUAUUCAACUCUCAUUUCAAUCAUUCAAAGGCUGAUCACGCAUGGAAGCUCUAUAAUGACUGGCGUGUUAAAGGGCGUAAAACAAUCUCUUCCCAACGCCUUGGAAUUUCUUACACUAGCCGAUACCAGGCAAAUGGACGCGAAGAUAUCAUCCUCUUCCAUGGGCGUCGUAACAUUCUUUAAGGCUUCGUCCUUCGAAGAACGAUUAGUACAAUCAAAAAAACAUCACUUUCUCUUUUGGAAGCAACAACGAAUUAACAAACCCGUGCAACAUUUGCACUAUAGAAAAUCACCUUCUCUUCCUUUGGUACAUCAUUAUCGAUUCGAUACGUUAAUUUAUUCACUUACACCAUCUAUCCCACCUUAUAUGGGUUCAAUUAUAUAUUCCUCCAUCAUCAGGGAAAGAACUUUGGGCGUUCCUGAUGACUUAUUACCUUUUAUUCCUGAUGGCUCGUUAAUUGCUAAAAAAUCUAAAAAAAUUCUCGUACCUGGCACUACUGAAUAUGUAGUUAAGCUACGACAGCUUAAAAAUGCUCACGUUAAAGCGGAGAUUGAAAGAAAUAGAGAAUCCAGAAGACGCGCUAAGGCCUCUUCAUCAACAUCUGCAAUUAACCCUAUAUCUCUUUCUAAGGAUGAGAUCACCCCCUGGCUUCGUCAUUAA